AUGGCUGCUUCCAAACGGAUUGAAGCAGAGCUCUCAGACGGUCUCUUCAAGACCCAUGGCGAACUCAUCAACCUACUCGACGCAGCAUAUACCGUUCGCAAUGCAAAGCUAUUCAACCAAGUCGGUAAAAGGCUCAUCUUGGAUGCAACAUCAGCGAUACCAUCCGCACACCCAAGGAUAUCCCACGUCUUGCGUACCAUCGAACAAGUCCGUCUCGACGUUCUCAAUCACGUCGCCAACUUCAUAGAACGCACGUACCAGUCGAACGCCCACCUCCACCAGCCAGAUAGGCCGAACCAGUGCAGACCCUUCUGUCGAUACCACCAGUGGUACGAGCAAGCCUUCCGGAACUACCUCACCACCUGCGGCCUCUGGCCCGUCGAUAACCCGGUGCCCUGUAGUCUGCGGACGGUCCUGAAUCGCAUGACCAGAGUAGAGUUCGACAGUCUGGACGUUGACAAGAGGUGGAUAUGUGAGAGGAACGAGGGGGACGUGUGGAAGAGCAAAUGCUGUGUUGGGUCUCGCACGAAACCAACGCGUCUCAAUGCUUUGUUCACACACGGGGCCCAUUUGGCCACGACGCGGAUCCCGCAGCUGUGUUUGGAUUGUGCAUUGAAGGGAGAGAAGGUGAUCAAGACGGCGAAUUGUGGUCAUUGA